AUGGUAACAACCGAUGAUCAACCAGAAGAACAAAAGGAUAAAAAAGAGGAAGACAAAAACGAAGAGGUCGUAGAGAAAGAAAAACCUUAUGUGCCUCUGCCAUCAUACAAACCACCUAUACCUUAUCCUCAAAGACUUGCUAAGUCUAAAAAUGAAGGGCAAUUUAAGAAAUUCAAAAAGCUUAAGGACAAUGAGACUGUUACACUUACUGCUGAGUGUAGCAUUAUAAUCCAAAAUAACAUGCCUCAUAAGCUAAAAGAUCCAGGUAGUUUUUCCAUACCUUGCGUAAUCGGAAAGUUUAUCAUAGACAAAGCUAUAUGUGACUUAGGAGCCAGUGUUAGUUUAAUGCUCUUAUCCAUAUGUGAAAAACUCAAAUUAGGAGAAGUAAGACUGACGAGAAUGUCUCUUCAAUUAGAUGACUGUUAUGUUAAAUUUCCAGUAGGUGUGAUAGAGAACGUUCCCGUUCGUAUCGGUCAAUUCUAUAUUCUUACCGACUUUAUAAUAAUGGACAUAAAGGAGGAUUCCAACAUCCCUAUCAUUUUAGGAAGACCCUUUUUGGCCACUGAUGGAAACUAUCAUAGAUGUGAAGAAAGGAAAGCUAACCUUUGA